AUGUUGCUUGAACAACUCCCAACUUCAUCUUCCUCCUCCAGUUCCGGUGCCGACAGUGAGGACCAGAGGACCUCACCCCAGGCCCAAAUUGAAAACCCUAGCCCAUCCUCCCAGCCUCCACCACAAGCAAGCGCCGCUCCACCUCCCGAGGUGGACGAAGAAGCCGUCAGGAGCCUAGAUAGAAUCCUUCGGAGUAUGCCCUCCGGUACGGAUAUUCCGACCGUUUACGCCACCAUUAAAGCCCGACUGGGGAUUUCCUUGUCAAGGGACCGAGCCACAACUCCCACACCCCAAAAUCCCCCCAGACACCCCCCGUCUACCUCCCAAACACAAGCCCCCCUUCACACCCCUGAACUUACACCCGCCGUCCCCACGGCACAGUACAGUGGAGGCGAUUCUGAGAAAGAAGGGGUGCAACCGGCCGCCACUCCAGCCGCCGAAACAGAAUUCGUGUCGCAACCACAUGCAGAGGGCACAGCUGCUCCAAACGCUCCGACAUCACCAAGUGGCGGAGGCUCCAGCUCCUCUACUCUCCUAAGGCCGACACAACCGAUCGAGGUUGUGAACAUUGACGAUGACUCUACGGAGGACUUUCUGCCUCCCCCCAAUGAAAUACUACAACAUAGGGGGACAGAAUGGACCUUCAUUCCUUGA